AUGUCAGCCAUCAUCGUGGAAUACGUGUCUGACCCAACCCCGAGAGCCUUCAGUCCGCGGAUGUUUAUCUGCUCCCGGGCAGGUAGCGGCGCGAGCCCGGGCCAGCCUCGGCCCGACGCUGGCCGGGAGCGGGCUGGGGACAUGUUCGGCCUGGCCCAGUCCGGUCCGCACCCUCCCCAGGGAUUCGAGGCCCCGACGCCCUGGCUCAGGCGGCAGCCGCCGACCUCCUGCUCUGCGCACAGCUGGGACUGCGCAUGGCAGAGGCUCCGGCCACCACCGGUGCCGGCGGAACCGUGGCCGGCGCCGUCCGAGCCAUGGCCCCCCGAAGCCCCGGCGAGUCCCCACGCGGACGCCUCCGGCUUCUGCAUCCCCCCCGACCGGUCAGUGCUCAUCAAGAACUGCCUCAAGCUCACCAUCCGCCAGCGCAGGGAGGCCCUGGGCCUGGGGGACAUCGCGCCAGACUUCAAGACCGCCGGCCCCGAGGAGGUAGGGGCAUGGCUCACCCAAGAGGACGAGGAGAAGCGGAGCAAGCGACGGGAGCGCAACAAGAUCGCCGCUUCGAAGUGCCGCAACCGCAAGAAGGAGCGCACCGUGCGUCUCAGUGAGGAAUCCGAAGAUCUGCAGAGGGGCAACGCGGAGCUGCGCAGGGAGCUGCAGCGCCUGCGCCAGGAAGUGCAACACCUGUCUCACUUGCUCCGAGUGCACGUCUGCAUCGCGCCGGGAGCCAGCGGCUCCCGAUAGGAUCCGGACACUCGACACACAGCUGGACCACUGCGUCGAUUGGACAUCGAGUGUGUGCCGUACGAUCAGUGGACUUACUUCAGCUUGAACUUGCAGAAACUGUGUCAGUCCCGUCAGCUCUGGAAGUUGAAGGUGACGCAUCGCUAAUAUGUACCAACUAGCUCAACCGUACGAUCAAUGUGAGCGGAGAGCUCGGCAGAGUAGCCAAAGCAACUCCUCGUAUGCGUAAGAAGGCCGUAGUGCUGGAUGUUCUUACGCCACCUAGCGGAGGCGAACGCGGGCCACAGGGGGUUGCGUCACCCUUGGACUGCAACUCUCGCUGACUGAACGCUGAUUCCUUUCGAACGCUCAUGAACAACUUGCGGCUUCGCUAGGUGAUGUCAUCAAAAAUCCACCGGCCUUCUUACUUAAAGAAACGCAGAGCUUGGUGACUAUCUCAUUAUUGCUCUGCAGCCAAUGGCUGAUAAGGACGUUGAAGAACUCGAAACAUGAAGCUUGAACGACGUGUGUUUUUUAAUCUGCCAGUGACUCUAGUAGGUGUUGACUGUAGCCCGGGCUGCCUGGUUGCAUCGGGAACUCUACGUGUUCUGUUGCCAGGCAG